CCUCCGCCACGCUCAGUUCCAGCCUCCACGAGUUUUCAGUCUCCUCAGUGGGUUGAUCGAGCUUCACGGACUGACUGACUGACUGAGUGAGUGAGCGAGUUAGUGAGCGAGCGAACAUGGCGAUGUGCACCCAACUCUCGAAGAAGUCGCUCUUCCUCCUGUCCAAGGCCAAGUUGGCUUCGUCGACGGGUCCGGUGGCUGCGGCUGGUUUCGUCCGUCAUGCCUCGGACGACCUCAAAUCCGCCUUCGAGGCCAAGAUUGGGCCCUUCCAAGCCGAGGUCAAGGCCUUCCGUCAGAGCCACGGCAACACCAAGGUGGGCGAGAUCACCGUGGACAUGAUGUACGGCGGCAUGCGGGGCAUGAAGGGACUCGUGACCGAGACCAGCGUCUUGGAUCCCGAUGAGGGCAUCCGAUUCCGCGGGUUCACCAUUCCCGAUUGCCAAGAUAAGUUGCCCAAGGCCCCCGGCGGUCAGGAGCCUCUCCCCGAGGGGCUCUUCUGGCUCCUCUUGACCGGCGAGAUCCCCACUGAAGCCCAGGUCCAAUCGGUAUCCAAGGAGUGGGCGGCCCGUGCCGCUCUGCCCAGUCAUGUGGUGAAUAUGUUGAACAAUUUCCCCGCCAACCUUCACCCCAUGUCCCAGUUCGCCGCCGCCAUCGCCGCUCUGAACUCUGAAUCCAAGUUUGCCAAGGCAUACGCCGACGGCCUCCACAAGUCUAAGUACUGGGACCCCGUAUACGAGGACUCCAUGGACCUCAUCGCCAAAUUACCCGUCGUAGCCGCCACCAUCUACAACAACCUAUACCGCGAUGGCGCUACCCCCGCUCCCAUUGAUCCCGAGAAGGAUUGGGCACAUAACUUCACGCAGAUGAUCGGCUACCAAGAUCCCAUGUUCACCGAGCUCAUGCGUCUCUACCUGACCAUUCACACCGAUCACGAAGGAGGCAAUGUCUCUGCCCACGCCACCCAUUUGGUGGGGUCAGCACUGUCCGAUCCUUACUUGUCAUUGUGCGCAGGCAUGUGCGGCUUGGCCGGACCUCUCCACGGUUUGGCUAAUCAAGAGGUCCUCGUCUUCUUGUCCAAGGUGGCCAAAGACAUCGGCCUGGAUGCCAACGACGAACAAUUGAAGGAAUACGUGUGGGGUCUUCUCAAGUCCGGACAAGUGGUGCCCGGAUACGGACACGCCGUGCUUCGCAAGACUGAUCCUCGAUAUACGUGUCAACGAGAGUUCGCUCUGAAACAUCUGCCUGAUGACAAAUUGUUCAAGCUGGUGUCCAACUUGUACUCUGUGGUGCCACCCAUUCUUAUGGAAACUGGCAAAGUCAAAAACCCAUGGCCCAACGUAGACGCCCACUCCGGUGUUCUUCUCCAGUACUACGGUAUGAAGGAGAUGAACUACUACACUGUUCUCUUCGGUGUCAGUCGGGCAUUAGGCGUGUGCUCCUCCUUGGUCUGGGACCGUGCUCUUGGUUUGCCUUUGGAACGCCCCAAGUCCAUGUCCACGGAAGGACUCAAGAAGCUGGUGAAGGCUUAAAAUGGAAUUGACGCAGCUACGAUGAACGAGAAAAGAAGAACGAGUACUUGGAAGCCGUAUCCUUUUGUACGUUUCUUAGUAAGGAAAGCUCAAGUUCCGGCGUGAAAUUUGGCUGAAUCAGAACCAAAAUAUUAUAUUUGACAGUAGCGUUUGUCUCUGUAGAGAACCCUCCUCUAACUCUCCUCCCUUCACCAUCAUACACACGUCUUGUUGUUAGGUAAUUUCUUGAACGAAGGAGAAGCAAUACCAAAUAUUUGUGCCUCUCUCCCGUGUGAAUGUGACCAGUUGUUCAUGAAGCGUACGUCAAUUAUGCAAAUGUUCGGGGUUAAGAUUGAAUGAUGCUAUUAAUAGAAAGAGAAAUAUACGAAUUGAAUCUUCUGUGACAA